AACAUCUUAAUCCAUAUGGGUCGGGUCAACAUAGAGAACUCAUUUGAUUGUCUUGUUCCACCGACCACCGGCUUCUCCAUCACACAUACAAGCACCCAAAUUCACACAAUUUGAUUUCUGGGUUUCAAUUACAGUUUCUUAAGGGCUUCAAAUCAAAUGCUAUUUAAAAGUUGAAACUAGUACAUUGAUCUUGAAAGUGCAUAGCUUGUUGUGAUAUCUUCUAAUUUGGGUACACCCGUGUUGCGAAAAGGGGUUGUGGGUUUUUUGCCUGAUUUGCGUGUGAGACCCGGAAAGAGGGCACUUGAAGGAUUGGUUGGGAUUUUUUAAACAUAGAAGAUCAAGAAAUUUAGCAAAAAAAAAAAAGAUCAAGAAAUUUAAAAUGUUUGGGGCCGUCCAUUUUGGAAUAGUGGCGGCCUGUGUCGUGUUGUUUGUACCAAUGGGGUUGGCGGGUUGGCACCUUAGUCGGAAUAAAGUUCUUUUCUUUAGCGGUAUACUCUUUAUAGCCCUCUUUGUGGGUGUUCAUAUUACGCCUUACUUUACUUCUGUAUCCAGUUUUGUUAAUACAUUUCCUAGCACUACCUCCUCCCUACCUGUAUCAUAUGAGCAAGACGAUCGUGACGUUUGUGUUUCUGUACUUCAUAAUGUAAUCUAUGAGUUCAAAUCGGGUAAUAUGGAUGGACCCUUGAAUGAUUCGAGUGUUCAUGAAGAUUUGUCUUGGUAUUGGGAUAAAUCUGGCCCUUUUGUUGGCUGUAACUUUCAGAAGUUGAGUAAGGUGGAUGCAUCUGAUUUGUUAAAUGGGACGUGGGUGGUUGUAGCAGGGGAUUCUCAAGCACGUCUAUUUGUUGUUUCCUUGUUGGAUUUGCUUUUGGGUCCCGAAAAGAUGGAAGCGAUUCGUGGGGAUUUGUUUAAGAGGCAUAGUAAUUAUCAGACUGUAAUCCAUAGCAUUGGGUUAAAGUUGGAUUUUCUGUGGGCUCCUUAUGCAAAAAAUUUGACUGAUAUAGUAAUGGAGUUUAUGGGGAACAAGAGGUACCCUGAUGUUUUGGUGAUAGGUGCUGGGCUUUGGGAUAUGCUGAGGAUUACAAAUUCGACUGAGUACGGAAGUUCCUUACAACACUUAAAUACUUAUUUGGUCUCUUCGUUACCGGUUUCUCCUGAAUAUAGUACAACCUACCCAGUGUCAGGAUCCGUUUCUGUCCCAACACCCCAUUUGUUUUGGCUUGGUUCUCCGACAUUAAUAAAUAGAAUGCUGAAUACGGAGGAAAAGAAAGUAAAGAUGACUGAUGCCUUGUAUGCUGCUUACGAAAGAGAAAUGCACAAAAGUAAACUCUUGCGUCAAUCUGCUGGCCCUGCUUUUUUACUUGAUAUAAAGUCGUUGAGUCAAAAAUGUGGGGAUCAAUGUACUGAAGAUGGCAUGCACUACAAAGCCGCUGUUUAUGAAACGGCUGUUCAUAUCAUGCUGAAUGCAUUAAUAAUCGAAUCUCAACAGAAGCUUUAAGAAUGGAAUCUUUGGUUAUAUGUAAAAGAAAAUGAGUCUCCAACCCUAGUGGAUAGCAUGCAAGGGUUUUAAACAAAUGACAAUUCUGGUACUUUCCUGAGGUCCUGUAUAUCUCCACGUACAUUUUCUCUGGUGCUCUUCAUCACAGCAUAUUAACAGAGUUGUGAAAUUUUGAAUAGUUUUACAUCUUACUGGUUCUUUGGUUACUUUUCACCCUUCAAUAUGCAUGAUUUGUACAAACUCACUCAACUUGUAUUUUAUAGAUAUAAAGAUAUAACACCUCAAUAUGAUUAGCUUUCUUUCUUAACAAGAAGAAUUGAGCCUUUUCUGA